AUGGAGAUUUCCGGUACUCGAACCGUUAAUACUGACGGAUUGCCACCCGUGAACAGGCCGCCCAAUGUCUCGGACUACUACAUUGGUGUAGAUGUUGGCACUGGCUCCGCCCGAGCAUGUAUCAUUGACGAGACUGGCGAUAUCAAGGCCCUGGCCUCUGAAAACAUCAAGCUGUGGCAGCCCGAGACGGGAUACUAUGAGCAAUCCACCACAGACAUUUGGCAGUGCAUCUGCGAGUGUGUCCGCCGAGUUGUGAGUGAGUCCAACGUUGACCCAAGCCUCAUUAAAGGUAUUGGCUUCGAUGCGACUUGCUCGCUCGCCGUUUUCUCUACCGACACCGAUGAGCCUGUGCCCGUUACCGGUCCGGACUUUGCCAACGAUGGCCACGACCGCAACGUUAUCCUGUGGCUCGACCACCGCCCCGUUGAGGAGACGGAAUUGAUCAACAGCACCAAGCACAAGCUUCUUAAAUAUGUCGGUGGCAAGAUGAGCAUUGAAAUGGAAAUCCCCAAGAUUCUUUGGCUCAAGAACAACAUGCCCGCUGAGCAGUUUGCCCGUUGCAAGUUUUACGACCUGGGCGAUGCCCUUACGCACCUGGCUACUGGCAACGAGGCCCGAAGCUUUUGUAGCACCGUCUGUAAGCAGGGAUACGUUCCCAUUGGCGUUGACAACAGUGAAAAGGGUUGGCAAGAAGACUUCUUUGAGACUAUUGGCCUGGGUGACUUGUCCAAAAACAACUUCGAGAAGAUGGGGGGUGUUCAUGAAGUGAAUGGAAAGUAUUUUAGUGCUGGUGAAUCGGUCGGCACCCUAAGCCGCCAGGCAGCGUACCAGCUCGGUCUGCCCAUGGGUAUUGCCGUAGGAAGCGGUGUCAUCGACGCCUAUGCUGGUUGGAUCGGUACCGUCGGUGCCAAGGUUGACCUCGGCGACGAUGAACUCAAUGCCAACGUGCCUCACAAUGACCUUUCACAAGCAUUCACUCGUUUGGCUGCUGUGGCAGGUACCUCCACCUGCCAUCUGGCCAUGUCCAAAGACCCCGUCUUCGUUCCUGGCGUUUGGGGCCCAUACCGAGAUGUUCUCCUACCUGGAUACUGGCUUGCCGAAGGUGGUCAGUCCGCUACAGGAGAGCUGCUACGACACAUGUUGGACAUCCACCCGGCGUACAAUGAGACCUGCGCCCUGGCCAAGGCCGAGGACAAGCACAUUUAUGACUUUUUGAAUGCUCACUUGGAGUACAUGGCUGAGAAGCAGAAUGCUCCCGGCAUUCCCUAUCUCGGCAGACACCACUUUUUCUACGGUGACCUGUGGGGUAACCGCUCUCCCAUUGCAGAUCCCAGCAUGAAGGGAUCAAUGAUUGGCCUCGAUAGCGACAAGAGCACCGAUAAUAUGGCUUUGUGGUACUAUGCUACAAUGGAAUUCAUUGCCAUGCAGACCCGACAGAUCAUUGAGCAGAUGAACAAGUCCGGCCAUGAAAUCUCAUCCAUCUUCAUGUCUGGCUCUCAGUGCCAGAAUCCAGUCUUGAUGAACCUGCUCGCUACGGCUUGCAGCAUGCCUGUUCUGAUCCCACGAUAUGUCCAUGCGGCUGUCGUCCACGGCGCAGCCAUGUUAGGUGCCAAGGCAGCCAGCCACAACAGGGAGGACGGAUCUGAGCCCGAGACCCUUUGGGACAUUAUGGACCGGAUGAGCAAGCGUGGUCGUCUCGUCGAGCCAGGUACUGAUGCUGGCGAGAAGGCUCUUCUCGAUGCCAAGUAUGAGGUUUUCCUAGAGAUGUGCCAGUCACAGCAACUCUACCGGAAGAAGAUUGACAAGGCUGUCGAGAAAUGGGGAGCCGAGUUUGGCGGCGACUAA